AUGCUAUCGCCGCCAGACGCGACGACAUGGCCCAUAGAUGCCUCUAAUCUCACGUACCUGUUGUCACUUCGGGGGCGUCCAAUUACCGACGACUUUGGCUUCGACUUCUCCGUCGACGUCGCCGUUCCAGCAGGUUCUAUUGGCUUUUGGCUAACGGCCUGGCCCAAAGAUCAAUGGAGCAUCAGUGCGAAAAUGGUCGACUCGCUGACGACACGAUACCUGCUGGCCACCCUGCUAAUGGCCCUUGGAUUCUGCGUGGCAGUCACCAAGGACUCGGAUUCCAAGUGGAUGGCUCCGCUUGGGCAGUACGGUUACACGGCCAAGCAUCUAAAGAACAAGGUGGAACACGGGGAGUUUACAACCUUCGAGCUGGGAACACCCAACUACCAGAUCCUUAACCCCGAAGCCGAACCGGAGUACAUAACGGCGGAUCAGCCCCAUUACCAGGAGAUGCUCCGACGCCUGACCAGCGGACAGAGUGGAGCGGAAACCAUCGAUGUGGAAAUGGCGGGCCGAACAGGUAGUUCUAGCCAAGAGCAUCCGUCUUCAACAGCCUCACCAAUAAAAAAGACAAAGGAAUCGACACCCGAUCGCUGGGAGAAGGUGAGGAAGCGCAGCUCCUUCAAGACGGAGGAUGAGGAAAAGGAUACCCAGGAGGCAGAGGCAGUGAAUGUUCACAGUCUGCAUCCGAAAAUUCAGGUCUAUGCUGGAGCUCGUCCCUUCCAAAGCCUAGUAGCCAAUCUGAACUAGUUUGAAACCCAUUUAUUAAUUAAAUUGUUUUAAAACGAGAAAUUUGUUAUGAAAUAAAAGAUGUGACAGUGCGAUACAAGUUCUUAA